AUGAUGGGUGAUAUGAAUGCUAAGGUGGGCAAAGGUGAAGUUAAAGGAGUCGUCGGUAAACAUGGGUUAGGGGUUCGUAACGACAGAGGUGAUACUCUCGUACAAUUCUGUCAAGAAAAAGACCUUGUCAUUAUGAACACCUUUUUCCAACUACCAGACCGAAGGCUGUACACUUGGACAUCACCGCAACAUACCCCGGAACAUAUUGUCCGAAAUCAAAUUGACUACCUGAUGAUUAAUAGCCGUUUCAAAAACUGCGUCAAGAGUGCUCAGACCUAUCCGGGAUCGGAUGUUAACUCUGACCAUAACCCAGUAGUUGCGACAUUAUCUUGUACUCUUAAGAAGAUAAAAAGGAAACGGCUUUUUAACAGAGUUGAUAUUAGAAGAAUCAAAACAAUGCCAACCAAAGCUCUGGUAUCUAAUGAAAUAAAUAAGUGGGCAAUUGAAGCAAAGCGAAGACCACCACAUUCUGUCGAAGAUAACUGGCGGCAUCUCAGAUUGAGAAUAGAUGACAUUAACAAAAACCUUAUUGCACCCAAUUGGAUUCCGAAACAAGUUUGGAUGACAGACAGAAUAUAUCAACUCAUGGAGAAAAGACGUAGUUACAAAAAUUCUGACCAAGUGUGUUAUAACCACUAUAAUAGAGUUAUUAGACGAGAAGUGCGAUUUGCAAGACAAUCUUGGUAUAGCAACAAGUGUCAAUAUGUAGAAAAGCUUCAUGCAAAGCAUGACUCAUUCAAUCUACAUAGGGAGAUCAAAACCAUGCUUGGUCAAAAAACACAACAGCAACACCAGCUUGUGGAUGAAAACAAUAUUCCUAUCAUAGACAUAGUCAGUAAGAUGAACCAAUGGGAACGAUAUAUUGGAACUAUGUUUGCAGAUGAUUCUAGACGUCACAGUUGGUCUUUAGAACAAGAAGACGAAGGCCCACCAAUUCUGAAGGAUGAAGUCGUCAAGGCUCUUAGUAAGGCUAAGGUUGGAAAAUCUGCAGGACCAGAUGGAAUACACAUAGAAAUUCUGAAACUAAUACAAGACGAACAUCUCGAUCCGUUGGUUAAUUUUAUGAACCUCGUGUAUGACACCGGUGAACUUCCGGGGGACUGGCUAAAAUCGGUAAAAAAAAAGCAUUUGACCGGGUUAAGCAUGACCGUCUUGGAGCACUUCUCAGGAAUAUAG